AUGUCCCUGGAUCACAACAGUUGGAGCAACAGCAUCAUAUGGUGGGACUGCCUCGUUAUUUCCAACUACUUCGCCCGCCCCUCAUGGCAGACGAACGUCGUGGCCGGGUAUAUCAAAGCACUGAACGGAAGUCAUGCAGGUCUCUACAACAAGACUGGCCGAGGCGUCCCUGAUGUCAGCCUUCUGGGAGACAACUACCUGACCCUUGAGUCUGGUUUUGCAAGCAGAUGUAGUGGCACAAGUGCUUCGGCACCAGUCUUUGCCGCUAUGGUCGCUUUGAUCAACGACAUCCGCCUUCGUGCGAAAAAGCAGUACUUGGAUUCCUGA